AUGACGACUGUAGUGCAGAACCAGGAUGAAACCGUCCGACCACCACGCCUUACUCGUCGUGAAAAACGGAAGUACGACAAGAUAUUAAUGGGAUUUUUGCCAAUUGCGAGAAAUGACGUAUUCCGCCGACGAAAUAUGUUCAGUCAAAUAGUGAAUGCAUUUGCGCCCCAAAUAGAAGGCGCUCCAGCACAUGAUGAGAGGCUGUAUGAGCUUUCGGAAAUGCAGGUACUCUGCCAGCCAAAUAGAAAUGUGCUCUCGAUUUGUGAGCAAGGAGAGACUGAAAUUCACGAAUGGACGUUACUUGAUAAAGAAGCUACUAAAAGGACUAUCCAGGAUGGGAAAGAAACUGCGUCGGAAGUUUUCAAAGUGCUUCCAGGAGAUCGAGAUUUUAUGUUGAAUCUGUUGACACGGUUUUAUACAGAAAGGUCGAAGUGUGAAUUCGACAAGUUUGGGAUUACAGUUGAGGAGGAGGAGGAUGAUCUACACGACUGGCCAUUCCUCACCUCUAUCAACACCAAAGAGCUCGUUUUGAAACUACCUUCAUCUAUGGUUACUAUCACUGAUCGAUUGAACAAUUUCCUACUGACACUGAUAACGUAUCCUCUUCAAAAGUCGUUCCUCGAGUGUAGCCCUGAGCUUUUCUAUGAAAUUUGCAAACGAAAGAUUCUACCAUCUCCCAAACUGUGGCUGUCUUUUACGAGUUUCGAUUACAAUGCUUUCAAGGUUAAUACAUCAAAAUGGCUUCAUUUGACCUGCACCAAAAAGACGAUUCGUCUGAAUGAGUUUCAAAAAGUGUUUGAGCUCUACGCGGAUCCUGACAAAAACGGCUGGCACUUUGAAAUCGAGAUGCCUCAUAUCAAAGAAGAAAUGAUAGUUAUCACUCAGUUAACUUCUAAUUCUAAACGUGGAUUCUCAAAAAGAAAAUAUCAAGAAAAAGUUGCUGCGUCUAAAAAGCUGGAAAAUAAUCUGGAAGUGGUUGCCUAUUUCAACGAUUCCGAAAGCGUUUGGAUAGUGGAAACCGUGAAGUUUGAGUCAAAGGAUCUUACUCCUGAGCCCCCAAUACUGCAAGUGUCGAGCCCUAAACCAAAAGAGAAAAUCACUCAAGAACCGAACGCUUUCCGCUUCUUUAAAUCAGUAAUUUUGGAUUUCAAAGAGUUCAAAUUGACCUGUGAUGGACAACAAGAAAAAUAUAAAUCAGAAUUUGAUGCCCAGAAAGCAUUGAAAGAAUUAUUGGAAGAAUGCCCAAAGUACCAUAUCAAAUCAAUGGUGAUUAUAGGCACCUACAUCUUGUUUUGUAGAUCACCGUUGUUAUCCGUUUCCGAACUAACGUUGUUGUAUGAGGAUCCUCAUAUGUUUAGUUUUUUCACACCAUUCAGACAUUGCCGUUUCGAAAAGUUGACUGUUUCAACUGAAGACUGCUUGGAAAACUUCCCGUCCUUUACCACCCAAGCCAAGAAAUUCAUUGCCCUGGACAAAACGCCAAUUGAGUCAGAAGUUGAGGAGCCUCCUAAGACGACAGUCGAACCAGAAGUUGAGGAGCCGCCCAAGAAGCGAGCAAAAAAUGAAAAUCAGAAAGAAUGCUCAUUGGAACCAACCAAUACCUCUGCCAGUCACUGCUCUCCGGAAUCUGCCCAGACGAGAAGAUCCUCUCGUCGCACUACGAAGCGUACAAGGAAACCAACACCCGAAGCAUCCUCCAAUGAAACACCUCGUCGGAAGUCUCGUCGAAGCAUCGCGAAGAGAGAAAUAACGCCUUCUCCUCCAGAAUCCACCAGUCCACCAAUGGCCGUUUCUCCAAAGGAUUCUCCAAAAGAGUCACCCCGAGAGCGUUCAUCUCGAGAACGCUCUUCAUCAACUACCUCCUCAAGAAGAACCCGGUCUAGAACCCGUUGUCGUGCCCCAUCCAGAUCCGUCACUCCACCCCAAACCCCUCCACGUCAUCACCGUUCCCGAUUGCCCACCCCAAUCAUAUCCAGCCGCUCUCCUUCUCCAUUCUCUAGAGAUUUAGCCGCGGCUAUCGCAUUAUCUUUGGAGCCACAAAACAAUCAUGUCCCAAGUGUCUACCGUAGGACCACUAGACCUCCCCUAAAUUAUAAUUACAUUCCAUACUUCUCCUCUCGUUAUGUUCCUGAACCAAUUUUUGUUGAUCCAAUCCUAAUCGAAUGUUGCUCUUAUAAACUAGAACCGGUUCGUAGCCAACGUUAUGAUCCAUUUGAAGUUAGGCUUAGUUUUAGUUCCCCUCCAGCUAGAUACUCCUCACCGUUUGAGACAAAUCGCUAUCAAAAUGAUUGGCCAGAGCCACAUAUGCUAGCUGCAGAGUAUAAUACAAUUGAAUAUCAAGACGAUUUUGAGAAUCUUCCGGGUCCCUCUUCUAUGUACUGA